AUGGCUCGUACCAAGCAAACUGCCCGUAAAUCAGCUGGAGGAAAAGCUCCCCGAAAACAAUUGGCCACCAAGGCUGCUCGCAAAUCUGCACCAGCUGCCGGAGGUGUCAAGAAACCCCACCGUUAUCGUCCAGGUAAGUAUUCCAUUGUAUUUGAUAAUUAUGAGAAUUGAUUUUCAUGAAAAGAGCUGUAUAUUGCACUGUAUAAAUCCUAAUUUUGAUAUUUUAGGUACCGUCGCUCUUCGUGAGAUUCGUCGUUACCAGAAGUCCACCGAGCUCCUCAUCCGAAAGUUGCCUUUCCAACGUCUGGUUCGUGAGAUUGCCCAGGAUUUCAAGACUGAUCUCCGUAAGUUCAAGCUGUGCAAUAUUGAUUUUUAUCUUGUUGUUUAGGUUUCCAGUCCGCUGCCAUUGGAGCCCUUCAGGAGGCUUCUGAGGCCUACCUUGUCGGUCUGUUCGAAGACACCAACUUGUGUGCCAUCCACGCAAAGAGAGUCACCAUCAUGCCCAAGGACAUCCAGCUGGCCAGAAGAAUCCGUGGAGAGCGCGCAUAA